AUGGAUACUCGACCUUCACUGCAGUCUGCCAGUUAUUGGUCAUAUCAUAUUUCCCGACAUCAUCUUAGCUUCGGCAUCUUUUCUUAUCUCACUUUUUCGUCCCUGGCCUAUACUGCUGGCAACCCGACCCAUGACUACUUCAUUGGCUUCGUUUCAUCUUCACAGUUCCUCCUAGCGUUUUGGCUUGUAUGGAUAAUUGUGCCCUUGGAUGAUGUUCGCCACGAACGAGACACAGUCCAUCCCCGCGAAAUGCCUCUUUUGAAGCGCUUGCAUUGGGCCUUUUGUUUGGAUCAUAAUGUUCGUGCGAUAGGGUGGAGCCACCAGGUUGUGUAUGGUCCUCCUCGUCCCCAGGAGAUGCGUUGGACUUUCGUGCGCUCUCGUCUUAUUUUUGCAACAUGGAACUUUUUUUUGGUUGAUACGGCCAAUACAUAUAUAAUAACAGUCGCGGAAACUACUCUAAGCCCGGCGUCAUCACUAGCAAUGUAUUCACUGCAUUGCUCAACUAUAGUGGCCUGGGUGUACGUAACCUACGGCAUCUCGAAUGUCCAGUACUCUGUGCUAGCCGCCUUUAGCGUUGCCUUUGACACAUCGAUUCCCGGUGAUUGGCAUAAUGUCUUUGGAGAGUUGGCGGACGCGUACACGCUUCGAUGUUUCUGGGGGAGAUUUUGGCAUCAAAAUUUGAGGCGACUUUUUGCAGCAUUUGGCAUCUUUAUCGCGCGCAAGCUUGCGUUCAAUCGAGGGACUAAAGCCUCCUCGUAUACUCAGCUAUAUGUAGCCUUCUUCCUUUCAGGAUUCAUUCACAGUGUCGCGGAUGGAAUGGUGGGGUGGCAUUGGGCUGGUACCUCAAUGCCCUUCUUCCUUAUGCAAGCUGUAGCAAUAACAGCUGAAGAUGUCACUAUCGCGCUUUGUAAUAGAAUCGGCUUUCGCAAGCGCUCCUUUACGACUCAGUUAUUGGGAUAUGCCUGGGUGUUUGCAUGGGGAGUGUACAGUUUUUCUAUGUAUCGAGAUCUGGCCAUUCGGGCAGGCUGGGGUUGGGCGACUAAAUGGGCUUUUUCCCCCACCGAUAUCUUCUACAAAUUGGUGGUUCAAGUUGGAUAAUCUGGGAAGCCAAACAUGUACUUAUUAAACUGCAAACUGCUAUUUACAUGAAGGAUUGGCCGGUCUACGAGACGAAAUCAACGAACGUCAUCCAGGCACUUCGAUUCCAGGGGAUUUAAGUAAGACAGGUGCUACAGGCUCCCGCGGCAAUUCGUUUGACAUCCUUAACUCCUUAUGUGAGCGCGCUCAAAGCUAUUCACGUCCAGGAGGUCGAUUUAAAUCACAGUA